GUGAUUACUAUCAUGGAAAAGAUGAUGAUCGGUUCAUUGCUUCUAUGGCUUACAUUGUUUCUCAUCUCAUUCGCCAUCAACCCACAUGUUUCUGCGCAGCAACUAGCAGCUCAAGCACCUGGGAGACCAGUUCCACCUGUGACACCAGCUCCGCCACCAGGGAGACCAACUCCGCCAGCUCCACCACCAGGAAGACCUGUUCCGCCAGUAGCACCACCUCUGCCACCAGUAACACCCCCUCCGCCACCAGUAAUACCACCUCCAUCACCAGUACUAACACCACCUCCUCCACCAGUAACACCACCUCCACCACCGAUAACACCACCUCCGCCACCUCCGCCACCAGUAACACCAACUCCUCCGCCUCCUGGAAAUCCGAAAAAAGUGAGAUGCACGUCUCCACUGUACCCGGCAUGUUUCAACCAGUGGUACUUCUGUCCUGCGGACUGCCCAAAAAACUGCUACAUGGAUUGUGUUUCUUGCAAACCUGUUUGUACUUGCAACAUCCCGGGAGCAGUGUGUCAAGACCCACGGUUCGUAGGAGGAGAUGGUGUUGCUUUCUACUUUCACGGUCAAAAGAAUAAAAAUUUCUGCCUAGUAUCUGACCCAAGUCUCCACAUCAACGCUCACUUCAUUGGAAAACGAAACCCAAAACUUACUCGCGACUUCACAUGGGUCCACUCGGUAGGAAUAAUGUUUGACAACCACAAACUCCUUGUUGGAGCCAAGAAAACAUCCAUAUGGGAUGAUAAUGAAGAACAUCUAUAUAUAUCGUUUGAUGAUACACCACUAUCCCUUGAUAGGAAAAACUGGACUUAUCAUAAUUCAUCUUUACUCGUCACUAGAACAAGUAGCCCGACUAAUGGUAUAGCCAUUGAAGUGCAAAAUAGCUUCAUGAUUACAGGCAAAGUGGUUCCAGUUAGUGAGGAGGAAUCAAGGGUUCAUGGAUAUAACAUCACGAAUGAUGAUUGUUUUGCACAUUUGGAAUUGGGGUUUAAGUUUUACAAUCUGAGUGAUGAAGUAGACGGCAUUUUAGGACAAACUUAUAGAAAAAACUAUGCGAGAAAGCUCAAGCUUGAUUCGAAUAUGCCUGUAAUGGGUGAUCUACCAAAGUACUUGGCAUCUAGUAUAUUUGCUGCUGAUUGCGCUAUAUCUCAGUUUGGCCUUGCUCGUGUUUAAGACUGCAAACACUACUAGCUAGCUUGAUGAUUUCUUGCUAAAGAUGGUUUUUUCUUGCGUGUAUUACAUGUAUUUCAC